AUGGGUGAAAAUCCGCUCGAAUACGACGUCGGGACGUCGAGCGGCGAAUUUAACGACGAUGGAUCUGGUGCCGAGUCCGGAGAAGAAGCAACAACCCAGCUGACAAAGGAUGUCCUCCUCACUGUUGCCAAUCACACGCGCGAGUUUUUUGAGAAUGUGACGACAACGACGAUGAUGUCGCCGUCAACGGCAGCCAGUCCAGUCGGCGACUUUUCCGAAAACCCAUGGCGCAUCGGCUUCCUGGCGACCAAGGCAAUUUUGGUACUGUUGCUGCUCACCGUCGUCGGCACGGCCAGGAGGGACUUCAUCAAGACCUUUGCUUUCAUCCUGGUGCUCCCUCUCCUUCUCGAGGUCGGCCUCGACGUGUACAUAGAGAUUGCCGCGAACCUGCAGAAGUUGUUGGGAACCAGCCCAACUAGCUGGGCCUACUACCUCGGCCCCGCCGCAGCAGCUGAAGGCCACCUCAGCGAGAUCCACGGCAAGGAAGCCGUUUUCUACGCGAAUCUCUGGCUUCACUAUGCUGGUUAUCGGCUUUACGUAGAAGUGCCUUGGAUGGCAACCACCCUAUUCCUGGUGGAGAGUUACAUUUUCUGGACACUGCUCGUCUCCUCCAUCGUGUUGUUGCACUUUGCCCAAAAGGCAGUGUCAAGGCCUGAGGAUAUUAAAUACAUGCCAACGUUAUGGCCGUUCCUCCAAGCCCAGGCCCUUCCCCUGCUCCUCGUCGCUCUGACGGCCGUCUUCGUCCUGUUCGCCCUGCCAUCGCCGUUGGCUAUUGCGGUCUCUGUUGUGCUUCGAAUCUUCGCUGUCGCUCUGGCUUUGAUUUUGAUCGCGAUGUGGUUCGCGUCUUUCGGCUACUACUGCUAUGGCCAAGAUGAGUUCACGAUGUCGUCACCACACUCUCUGGUCCGCCUCGCGAAAUCGCGGUUGUUCUCCGUUCAAUUCUUCGUGCUCGUCGCUCAUCUGAUGAGCGUGCCAUUUAUCUGCUGGAGUGCUAUCACCCUUGCCGAAGACGUCGUCGGCAUCUUUUCUUCCGCUAGCUUUGGACAACACUUCUUGAGCGUCGUCCAUAGCCUCUUCGGCCUGCAUCUCCACUUCCUUAUUCUCCGCCCCCUGCUGCUGCCCAUCCUCUGCAUACUGUUGCUGCCCAACCUGCGGAAGAGGUUCUUCAGCAGCUUCUGUCCCUGCUGCUGCCGUCGUCAACAA